AUGUCAAACCUGUCAACACCUGAUGAUACAUAUAAAGCAAAAAAAAAAGGACGAUCAAAUAGAAAUGUUUUGUAUUAUGUAAUAAAUAUUUUACCCUAUAACUCCAACUUAAUAACUUCCAAUGAAUCAUCAUCAUUUGAUUUAUCAUUAAAUAUAGACGGUAUUGAUAAUGAAUUUCGAUUUGUUGAAGUACCAAAAUCAACUAAUAAUUAUCAUCUACCAUCUACAAUUAUACUCGAUGAUACUGAGAAUCCUACACUUCUUAAUUCAUCAGACACAACACCUAUUCAAAACUAUCAUGUAGAAUCGGAUGAGAAUCUAUUCGGUUUCGCUACUGUAGUUAAUAAUGACAAUUCGAAUUCGAACCAAUUAUAUGCUAUGAUACAAACAUCAGAUGGAUUAUUUUAUGAUAUCUCUCCACCGAUGUCAAUAUCACAAAUAAGAAGAAAACGAGCAUUAAAUUCUGCUUAUAUUGUUAGAUCUCAAAAUUCAAUUAUUGAACAUGCAUAUGUUACUAUUAAAUGGAAUAAUAAUAAUAAUCGUCAACGACGUGAAAUCGAUGAAACAGAAAUGACAACUAUUGAUACACUUGUAAAUGAAACACGGGUACCAGCAUCUGAAAGUAUGGGUACAUCUACACUUCCAUCAGUUUCUUUACCUGAUACAAUGGAAAAUAUAACAAUACCUUCAGCUGAAAAUGAUACUGAAAUAAUAAUGAAUUUUACAACAACGACUACAACUCCAAGACCUAUACCUGAAAAAACUCGUCAUUUAUAUCUCGAAAUAGUAGCUGUUAUUGAUAGUCUUAUCACCAAUGAUCUUCGAGCAUUAUUAAAUAAAACCGAAUUAGAAACUAUUGAAAUACUUAAAUUAUAUUAUAUUCAUAUUUUUAUGGGUGUUGAACAACUCUAUCGACAAUCAUUAUUACAUGAAACACUUGAUGUUCAUAUACGUUUAUCAAAAAUUAUUUUUGCUACUGAUAAACAUCGUCUUCCAUGGGAAUCAUUUAAAAAUAUAUCAUCAAUAACAAAUGCUUAUCGAAAAUCACCUAAUAAUGUACAUUUACGACCUAAUAUUAGUAUGAAUCUUCUUAAAUCAUUACAUCAUGCUUAUAUAUCAGAUAAAUUUGAUACACGAUUUUUUAAUAAUGAAGCUGAUCAUGUUAUAACAUUUACACGUUUAGAUCUUAUUGAUGGAGCUGGUUCAGCUUAUGUUUUAGGUACAUGUUUACCACAAUAUAAAUAUUCAAUUGUUCAAGAAGAUUUAAAUGCAUUUUCUGUUACAAUAACAGUUACACAUGAACUUGGUCAUAAUCUUGGUCUGGAUCAUGAUGAAAUUGAAAAUCAAUGUAAUGAUCCACGUUUUCGAUAUAUAAUGUCACCUAAAAAUAUGAAUACAGUUGAUCGUCGUCAAUUACCAUAUUUUUCUGAAUGUUCAAUAGCACAAUUAAAUCAUUUUGCUGAUAAUACAACAACAACAUGUUGGAAAAAUGAAAUAAUUAGUACAAGAAAUGAUACAAAUUUAGAGAAAAUACGAAAUAUUAUAUCAAUGAAUUUAGGACAAAUAGUUAAUGUUCAUCAACAAUGUCAAUUACAAUAUGGACCAAAAGCACUUCCAUUUGUUUCUGUUACAUAUAAUAGUAAAAAUUAUUCAUUAUAUGAAGAAAAUAUUUGUAAUCAAUUAAGAUGUUUUAAAGCACCGGAAGAUGAUUAUAUGUAUUGGCAAGAUGGAGCAUUUGAUGGUACUUCAUGUGGUGAAAAUCAUGUAUGUUAUCAAAAACAAUGUAUAUCAACAAAUGCAACAAUGAACGAAAGUGAUUUAGCUAAUUGCCCGUAUGGAGAUUUAUUUGUACCUAUACCAAUGUUAAAUUUAAUGGAUAAAUUUACAUCGGGUAAUAUGCUUUGUGCAGAUGCACUUGAUUUAUUAAAAACACGUGGUAUGAAUGUAACAUAUUUAUGUUAUGAUUCAACAUUACCUUUUCGUCGUCUUUGUUGUGAAGAAUGUAAAAAACAUUUAAUACCUGAAUGUGGUGAUCUUCAUACAAGAUGUUCUAUGUUUGCACAGUAUUGUGAAAUGAAAUAUAUGAGCGUUAAUGGUGUACCUGUUACUGAAUUAUGUCCAUAUACUUGUGGUCAAUGUCCUCGUCAACCACCACCUCCUACAACGACGACGACUACUACUACUACAAUAUCAACGACAACAAAAAAAGCGUCUGUAACAAAACCAGCAAGAAAACUUACUACCAAAAAGGCUAAAUUAACCACACCAAAACCUCGAAAAUAUGUUAAAACUCAAACAUUUGAUAAAUAUACAUGUAUUGAUUUAGCUGAUUGUUCGAAAUUAAUUAAAGAUUAUUCAAAAUUAAAAAAAAAUGUUAAGAAUUGGUGUACAGAAUAUUCUACUAUGAUUAAUGAUAAAUAUUUUGCUGAAAUGUGUCCAAAAUAUUGUUCAUUAUGUAAUAUAACAUCUGAAUGUGAUGAAUAUAAAUUAUGUCGAAACAAUGGUACAUGUAUUAAGAAUAAACAUGAUACAUAUCAAUGUUUAUGUUCAACAUCAAAAUUUUAUUAUGGUACAUUAUGUGAAUAUCGUCGAACAUGUUUAGAUAAUCCUUGUAAUACAAAAACUGAAUAUUGUUUUCAAACUCAAGGUGAAAAUUAUUUAUGUUUAUCCAAACAAGAUAAAGAACAGAUGCGUGUAAUUUUAAAUGAAAAAAAAUUAAUUUAA